AGGGUCGGAAGGAGUCGGAGGCAUGGCUGGUGUGUCCUCGGAGGCGGAGGCCGAGGCGCUGGCCGCGGCGCGCGAGCGGAGCCGCCUCUUCCUGAGCGGCCUAGAGCUGGUGCAGCAGGGCGCCGAGGCGCGCGUUUUCCGUGGCCGCUUCCAGGGCCGCGCGGCCGUGGUGAAGCACCGCUUCCCGAAGAGUUACCGGCACCCGGAGCUGGAGGCGCGGCUCGGCCGUCGGCGGACGGUGCAGGAGGCGCGCGCGCUGCUCCGCUGCCGCCGUGCGGGGAUAGCUGCCCCAGUCGUCUUCUUUGUGGACUAUGCGUCUAACUGCUUAUAUAUGGAAGAAAUCGAAGACUCGGUGACUGUUCGGGAUUAUAUCCAAUCCACUAUGGAGACUGAAAAGGACCCCCAGUGCCUCUUGGACCUGGCCAGGAGGAUGGGGCAGGUUCUGGCCGGAAUGCACGACCAAGACCUCAUUCACGGGGACCUCACCACCUCCAACAUGCUCCUGAGGCGGCCCCUGGCGCAGCUGCACAUCGUGCUCAUCGACUUUGGGCUGAGCUUUGUCUCAGGACUGCCGGAAGAUAAAGGCGUCGACCUCUAUGUCCUGGAGAAGGCCUUCCUCAGCACGCACCCCCACACCGAGACCGCGUUUGAAGCCUUUCUGAAGAGUUACGGGGCCUCGUCCAAGAAGUCCAGUCCAGUGCUGAAGAAGUUAGAUGAGGUGCGCCUGAGAGGGCGAAAGCGGUCCAUGGUCGGGUAGUGGAGCUGUGGUGAACUGGCUCACGGUGAAGGAUGAUGUAGACGAGGCUGGACCCCUCAGCAAAGCAUGGGUUGUUAAGUGGUCUGUGAUCGUGCUGGGCCACCACCAUCCAUGGCUCACUGUUCUCAGGGGCUUCAUGUACAUGAGGUUUAUUCUGGGCAGAACUGGGUAGGUAGCCCAGGCUAGCCUUGAAUUUAUGGCAACAUCCUACCUCAGCUUGCUUGGAAGAGGUUAUAAGCCACCAUACCUGACUUUGCACUGAUUCUGUCAGAAACAAAACAACUAUGACUCUAUUUGUUUUUAUAUCUUCUUAUAUUUAUUUUGUGUGUGUGCAAAUGUGUCCAUGGAGGUCAGAGAAGAACUUUUGAGAGUUAGCUCUCUGGAUCUGUGUUGUAGAAUCUGCCAUAUGGAUUUCAGGGAUUGAGUUCAGGUGAUUAGGCUUGGCCAUAAAAUCCUGUAUCCGGCGAGCCAUCUCACUGGCUCACAAAACUAUUUUUAUGUUAAUGGGCGGAAUGGAGCUAGGACGUGGGGUGGUAGCUGGCGGGGGUUGGGCUAAGUCUGAUUGAAGCAGGGUUACAGAGGCUACAUUAGUGCCUGGUGUACAUGUCCUGCCAUUUGCCAGAGCAGCAUGCAUUGUUAACUGCUGAGCCAUCUCUUCAGCUUCCUAAAUUUUUGUUUUGUUUUGUUUUUCAAGACAGGGUUUCUCUGUGUAGCUCUGGCUGUCCCAGAAACUCACUCUGUAAGCUCAGGCUGGCCUUAAACUCAGAGCCACCUCCUCUGCCUCCUGAGUGCUGGGAUUAAAGGUGUAUGUCACUACUGCUUAGCUAAGACAUCUUUUAAUAUUUAUUUUUACAUGUGUAUAUGCAGGUGUCUUAAGAGGGCACCAGAACCCCUGUAGCCUACGUUACAAUCAGAUGUGAGCUGUCCCGUGUAGGUGCUGAGAAACACUCUGGUCCUGUGGAAAGGCAGCACAUAUGCUUUUUCUGUUUUUUUUUUUUCCCGAUUUAUUUAUUUUAUGUAUGUGAGUACUAUUUCUGCGUGUAUACCUGCAUGCCAGGGAAGGGAAUCAGAUCCCAUUACGGGUGGUUGUGAGCCACCAUGUAGUUUCUAGGAAUUGAACUCAGGACCUCUUGAAGAGCAGCCAGUGCUCUUAGCCCCUGAGCCGUCUCUUCAGCCUGUCUAGACAUUUUAGCCAAUAAUAAUAUCCCUACAUUUUAAAGUGGAAAAUUACUUUAACAGAGUUGAGGGCUACAAAAAUACAGCUUAUGGGUGUGUUUUCCCCCAGGAUACCAUGAAGUGGGAAAGCCAACACAGGAACAUCUUCAAGGACUACAGUCUAUGGAGAGGGAGGGAGGGAGGUGGACGAUACCCCAGUCUGAGAUGCAGGAAACAGUCUUCCUUCAGGCUUUUUUGAGGUUCUGAGGGGGAUUAAAAAGCCAGGACAGGUGUCAAGAAGGUUGUUAGAGAGCAGGAGACAGUUCUGCAUGGGAGUGUGGGGACUGGGGAUCAGGCCAGCAAGGCUUCCUACAGACUUGUGUGGCAGAGAUGAACUCCAGACCCAGAGUCUGGGAGAUCACUUAGCAGACCAGAGAGGACCUGCAUCUCCUCCAGGCUUGGUACUUUUGGAGCAGUCUGUUGCCAGUGAUGCAUUCCAUUGGGGGGUCCGUGAAGACUGCGGUUUGGCGCUCUCCAGGUGAGUGGCUGCUUGUAGAUGGGCUGGAGGGCUGACGUUGCGUAGGGCAGGGCUCUCGUGACGAUACAAUCUAAAGCCUGAGCCCAGGGUUCCCUUCAGAAGCCAGCUUCUCCUGUGUCCCCUGGCUUGCUUACACCCAACUCACUUUCUUAAGAAACCUACCUCCCGAGGCUGCAGAGAUGGCUAUGGUUAAGAGCACCGGCUGUUCUUCCAGAGGACCUGGAUUCACUUCCCAACACCACAUAGCAGCUCACAACUGUCUGCAACUCCAGUUCCAGGGAAUCUGACACCUUCACACAGAUGUACAGGCAAAUUACCAAUGCACAUUAAAAAAAAAAGCCUCCCCCCUCCCCCCACAUCCUACAGUGUGUGCAGGGACUGCUUCAGCUGUUAGAGUCAGAAUCUUCUGCAGAGGCCUAACAAAACAAAACCACAUCAUGACACCUGGCUUCUAUGGGGUCUGAAAUACCUAGACUGACAUGUCUUCAGUGUAAUGGGGCCCAAAGACCAGUAGAAGACAGCUGAACUGGUGGGUGGUGAAACCAGACAUAACUCUUACCUUGAAGAGAAUCCUCAAGUCCAUUCACAGUAAUGCUGCUGCUUUGAACCUGCUCUGAACCCCAGUGGCAUGGGAGGGGUGUGUGUGUUUACGCACUGAGAAAUACGCUGGUGAAAUGUCUUGCUCAGUAAGAGCACAUACUGCUCUUGCUGAGGACCUUAGUUCCCAAUCCCACCUUGGAUAACUCAAAGCCACCUGUGACCCCAACUCCAGGGCAUCCAACAUCCCUCGAACACCACUGAUGCCUGCACUCACAUUUGUACACACCGAUACACAGACACACAAAUAUGCAUUAUUUUUAAAUCUCUCAGCUGGGCAGUGGUGAUGCAUGUGUUUAAUCCCAGCACUCGGGAGGCAGAGGCAGGUGGAUCUCUGUGAGUUCAAGCCCAGCCUGAUCUACAGAGGGAGUUUCAGGACAGCCAGGGCUACAAAGAGAGACCCUGUCCCCAGAAAACAAAACAAGGCACCAUUUGAAGGUGUGGGGAGAGCAGCUGAGCUGCCUCAGGGACACCCAGGAAGGCAGCCAGGCUGUUGUCCAGCAUGGUGACUGGAGAAUAAGGGGAGUCUGCUGGGGAUGGGGAGGGGAGUGGGGGAGGCAUACACCCAACACCAGAUCUUUGGGACUGGCUGCCUUGCCACGGGGAGACCCUAGGGGCAACUCCACUACUGAUCAGCGGCAGAGGGAGAGAAACAAACUGAAAGGAGCUGGACUCUGUCUCCUGAAGGCUGAGAUGUGCUUCUCAGCAUCCAUCGCCUGGCUUUCCAGGAACUCCGAUGAAUCUUUCAACCCUAACACCUACUAACAAAAGAUAUCUGUUUACCUGAAACUUAUUUACAUGUUUAGUCCUUUCCGGAAGAGAGAGGGACAAAAAAAAUAUUUUCUUGUCGGUCUAACAAUAGAAAGGUUCAUUUGUCUCCGGGAUGGAGAGGAUGCAAUUCAUAGUGGAAAGGAGUAAGUUCUGGAGGCUUCCGUAGAUGGAUGGGAGCAGAGAGAUGGCAUCUAGUGCUCAGCUAGCUCUCUCCUUUACAUAUAAUCCAAAUGGCACCAGCAACAUUUCCAUAGAUCUUCCUUUUCAGUGAAGCCUUCCUAGAAAUAUCUUCACAGACACUCAAAGGUGCCUCUCUCAGGAGAUCCCAAAUCCAGUCAACUUGGCAGUGAAGUCUGAUGAUCAGGGACAAAGAUGGAACAAGGAAGAGAUGGGCAAACAACACCAUGACGGGCUGGAGAGAUGGCUCAGCAGUUAAGAUCACUGACUGUUCUUCCAGAGGUCCUGAGUUCAAUUCCCAGCAACCGCAUGAUCUGUAAUGCCUUUUCCUAGUAUGUCUGAAGAUAACUACAGUCUACUCAACAUAAAUAAAAAUAACAAAUCAGAAAAACCA